UGGCUGCCAAACGUUUACUGUGUUGGAAAAGUUCUAGAAAGAUGGAGCAUGAGUCGGUCCAGGCCAGGUACUGGUGACAAAAAAUGAAACUACAAAGCAUUAUUCCGUCGAUAUCAAAAUUGAUCGUUGAAAAUAAAAUCAAAGGUAAGGACGUUGUCUUCCAAUCGAGCAGAAAAUACGCUUCUUGGUAAACAAGUUUGGCGUGAGAAAGAAAAUAUAGAUAUACUGCUUUAAAAUAUUACAGCUUUUAACGUCGAAGCGAAGCCUAAGAAACUCAAAGAUCAACCAGACCAGUCAAAGUCACGAAGUUACGUUCUCUUAAAUAAUAUUAUGCAAGAACAUGAACGCGUUCAUGCUGAUGGAAUCAUUCCAUUCUUUCUUCCUCUCUCUUCCUCUCUCGCAGCGUGAACAUUUUUAAAAUUAUGUUCAUUUAUGAGCGAAUAAAAUUAGCAAAGCGUCUUAGAUAAUCCACGUAAAUGUCUCGGAGACGCAGAAAACUCGCGUGAGUACCUGAACGCCUCAUCCGCGUUGCUAAACGCCUUAGGAAGCCCUAAAAAGUCCAUCAUCAUAUAUCAUCUGGUAUAUAAGUCCUCGAUCCAUUGCUCGGAGAUCCACUCAUCUUCUCCAAACGGAAGAGACACGUAUUUUCAUCAUGGUAGCGAAUUUCAAGGUCUACAAAAAAUACUCGCCCAACGGCAAGCUCGCCGUCUAUCUGGGUAAACGCGACUUCAUCGACUACCUGUCGGGCAUCGAGCCGAUCGACGGGGUAGUCCUGAUCAGUCCGGAAUACGUGGACACUGGCAGGAAGGUGUGGUGCCAGCUGUUGUGCAGCUUUCGAUACGGUCGCGAGGAGGACGAGGUGAUGGGUCUCAACUUUCAGAAAGACCUCUUCUUGGUGUCGGAGCAGAUCUUCCCGCAGAUUAAAAAGCCGGAAUCUAAUCCUACCAAGCUGCAAGACAGGUUGAUGAAGAAACUGGGUUCGAACGCGAUACCCUUUACCUUCACGUUCCCGCAGAGCGCACCAUCCAGCGUGACUCUCCAACCUGGGCCCGACGAGACCGGCGAACCGUGCGGCGUGAGUUACUACGUGAAGGUGUACUGCGGCGAGACGGAGACCGACAUGACUCACAAGCGCAGCACCGUCUUGAUGGGUAUCCGCAAGAUCCAGUACGCACCCACGAAGCAGGGUCGUCAGCCGUGCACCGUGGUGCGCAAGGACUUCCUGCUGAGUCCGGGCGAGCUCGAGCUCGAGGUUACUCUGGACAAGCAGAUGUACCAGCACGGCGAGAUGAUCGUAAUCAACGUGUGCGUGCGCAACAACAGCAACAAGAUAGUGAAGAAGAUCAAGGCGCUGGUGCAGCAGGGCAUCGACGUGGUAAUGUUCCAGAAUGGUCAAUUCCGGACGGUGAUAGAUGCGAUUGAGACGCAGGACGGCUGCCCGAUUAAUCCCGGCUCGAGUAUGCAGAAGGUGCUCUAUUUGAAGGCCACCAUGGAGAGCGUCAAGGAUCGCCGCGGCGUCGCCCUCGACGGGAUGAUGAAGCGGGACGAGAGCAACCUCGCGUCCAGCACCCUGCUCACCUCGCCGGACCUGCGCGAUGCUUUCGGCAUCAACGUGUCCUACGCUGUCAAGGUCAAGCUUUACCUGGGCGCCUUGGGUGGCGAGUUGACGGCGGAGCUGCCGUUCAUUCUGAUGAGACCCAAGCCGUGCGAUCGGGUCAAACUGGUCUCGACGGACAGCGUGAUGAUCGAAGACGUUCUGCACGAGAAGGCCGACGAGAAAGUCUUCUAGAUUAACGUUUCAAUAUCCUGGGAUCAUCAUCCAAGCUCCCACUUCGGCGUCCAACAUUCUAAUUAGAAUAUCAAGCCGGCACGAGGAUGGUGUCGACGUCCAAAAGGCAUCUAAAGGACGUCUUGAUGUGUCAGACAUUUUUUUAGAUAUCCUCUAGAUAACGUCUAAACUGUAACUGAUAGAGGUUGCUGAAUGCGUAGCGGUCUCCUAAAGCCUAUCUUUUCAAUAUUUUACAUUUUUACUUCAUGUAAGCAAUGUUUACUAACAAGAAUAGAAGGUACAUAAGAAAUAAAUAAUAUGAACAAAAAUUUAACAAGUUUGAUUCUUUGUGUGCAUGCUGUCAGCAUUUUAGAAAAUCAAGUACAUCCGAAAUUUCUCAUCAACUUACACAGCUUACAAUAAUGUAAUUAUAUUUUGAAUCGUUACAUAAAAAAUAGCUUGAGCGCUACGCAUUUGGUAAUUCUCCCCUAAACGAUGGCAAUUGAAGCGAAAUCAGUCAAAAAAAAAUAUCGAAUGAAUUAAUUCUGUCGACACUUCUUUUUUAUUCAAACCAUACCUUUAAAUAAUUUAUAUAUAAGCUAACUAGUUUACACUGACAGCCCAUCUCGCAUUAAUUAUUUUCAGGAAAUAUUGAUUGUAUAUUGACUGUUGCGAUAUGAAUGCGAAGUUGUAAUGAGCAGUCAGCUGCACCUGCAUGUAAUUAAAAUCUUUAAUCCCCGUAAACCCCCGUAAUUAAAUAUUUAUCACACACAGGAUCCAAUUCCCUUAAAAUGUAUCCUCAAAUUUAAUGGCACGAUCUCGCGCAUCUCGCGGAACGGUCGUUACAUGUACAUAUAGUUUACAGGAUCAAUAAACGAUAAAAUAAAAAAA